GGUAUCAGAGUGCAAAGGUGGUGUUGCUGAGAUCACAAUAUUGAGCGGGGGUCGUGCCUGCCUCGAGCGGUGGAACCACUCCAAGGCAUCCAUCUGCGUCCUCUUCUCUCCAUCGACAACAACACCCGCGUCCGCUCUGCCACAACCCGCAUCACCAUGCCUCGAGAGGUCUCGCGGCAGAACCCCCAGCGCAUCCUGGAGCAGAUCGGCCCGCCCACCACGGAGACCUCUCUCCCCGGCACCCCCGCCCGAGGGCCGCAUCUGCACCUCCUCACCCUGCCCCCCGAGAUCCGCCACCUCAUCUGGACCAUCUACUACCGCGAGGUCGACCGCCCCUGGUACCGCUACGCCGUCGACGUGGGCCACGAGAUCGAGUACACCCGCGUCGUCCCCGUGACGCUGACCCGCACGUGCAAGCAGCUCCUGCACGAGAUCACGCCAUUCAUCUACCGCCCCGUCGCGCUUGACCUGCACAUCGUGUACCCGGCGUACUGGCCCGAGCAGAUAGCCUACCUGCCGAGCAGAGAGGCCAGGCAGGCCAUCGACCACGUCAUCUUCCAUGUCGCGCAGCCCGAGCACUAUGCCUGGUCCAGCGGGCGCCCGCCGAAGCGGCCCGUGAAGUUCUACCGCUUCCCGAACCUGGCCGACUUCACCGUCUGCGUGCCCUUGCACGUCCCCGUCGAGGAGCUCACCCCCGACAACCCCGGGGACAGGUCGCCCGACGUGUACCCGACCUGUCGCGAUUUGGCACCACAAAACCGAGACGAAGAUCGGUUCAUCCCCCGGGAGGUCGUGCAGAAGGCGCAGGACGCAUACUCGACGCUCGCGGACACCAAGCGGGUCGCGCUCUGGAGGGACCGAUACAGCGCGCAGGCUCUGCUCGACGCCGACGUCGACGAGGACGAGUACGAAGAGGACCAGGACGGCGACUACGAGGGCCAGGGCAGGCACGCGGAAGACAAGGACGACCCCGACGACGACCCGGACCGGCUCGCCCGCUUCCAGGCCAUCGCGGCGAGGCUGCGCGUCAUGGUCGAGUUCGAGCUGUGGGCGACUGCUGAUGCUGAGCUGUUCGAGUCCGGAUCGAGACAGCCCCCCAAGGAGAUUGACGAACGCCCGCUGCUGCUCCGGCUGGACCCGAGGCGGAGGGAGAUUGUCGAGAUCGAACGUGCCGUUCCGAGCACUCGGCUAGACGUCGGUUAUGAGAGAACGAGAACGGCGCAAUCCUCUUCUCCGCUUCGUUCUCGAGUCCGCAAGAUCCAAGUGGCCGCUGAGGAUGCUAUAUGCAGAUCGUCCUCGGAGGAAUACGCCGAGCUGGAAACCUCCGCUUCUAAUUACAAUUUGCGAGGGUCAAGUGACGGACGCCGCCGGGGAAGCAUUGGGUAAUUAUGUGUUUCCGUCCACGCGUUCCUGCGCUUGCUAGACCAGCCGCAGAUAUUGGAAUCCCCUCAACUACCUCAUUAUAGCAGAUCGAAUUUCUCUGCAAUACACGCCAUGCGAGAGAACUCACGCAAGGCUUUUCGUCAUCAAGGAUCCCGUGGCCCCAUAGCUUACAGCAAAGAAGAUUCAGAGGCUUUGGGCGUCGUACAGAGAGAUCCGGUG